AUGGUCGAAGAUGAGUGGGCAGGGCUCAGUUUUCUGGGGCCGAAAAUCCUGAGUACAGCUGCACAACUGUAUAAGAAUCCAUCUUCCUUUGCAAACGCGUUUGACACUGAACUUGAGGCACAAGAAGUUUUCAAUCAGUUAGCUGAAUCAACAGGUUUGGAUGCUCAGCAUUUAGCUGGUGAAGCUGCAACACGGUUGGUGGAGUGGUCAGUGUCAAGGCAGUUUGUUUUCAAACGACAGAGGCGUACGGUUGCAGUUGAGCUUGAAUGUAGUUUGUUUGCAAAGAGGGUGGAUGCACCUGUGGAGGCCUCAGAUGCAUUUGAAACCAUGGUCAAAGAUGACCCAAAGCAUGCUUUAGAAGUUGCGAAACGUGUUUCAAAACAACGUAAGACUGCUGGCACGAAUAGGGCAGAGUUGGAGGAGUCGUUGAGGACCAAGUUUGCGUUGGAGCUUGCAACAAUCAUCAGUGAAGCUGGACUGCCAGUGGUUUAUCAGGUACAACAGUUUGAUGACCCCAACAAAGCAUGGAAACGAAUUUUUGGGGCCCGCAGGGGCAAGACUUUGCGAAACAGGUUUCGUAGCUGGUGCAAGUAUAGGCUAUGGCUUGUUGCGUAUGCAGGGGUCUUGUGGCCACGUUCAGUUGCAGAUUUGGUGAAUUACAUUGAGGAGUGCAUACAGUUUGGAUGUGCCCUGUCAAUACAUACAGAGCUGCAGGCAUCACUUGUGCUUCUUGAAAGGUGUGGCAGGGUCCCGGAGUGCAACCAGCUCUCCAUGGAUCCGACGUGGAAAGCUCAUCUACAUAGCUGGAGCCAGGAACUGAGUACAAACAGCAAACCACGUGGGUCAGCGCCACCUUACACUGUAUCAGUUUUGUUGGCACUGGAGUUGUUUGUCAUGGACGAUCAGAGGGACUAUUAUGCACGUGUCAUUGCAUGGACCAUUUUGGUUGCAACAUGGGGCUGCAUGCGUGUGGAUGACAUCCAGUGUGUGAUGCCGGAAACAAUGCGGCUUUCACCAAGAGGUUUCACGGUCCGCAUGUCGCGCACCAAGACUACAGGGCCUGGCAAAAUCCAUGGGCAGGUCCAUGCAUUUAUACACAGAAGUAUUUCGCUCUCUGGCCAUGACUGGAUGGAAGAAGGGUUACAACUUUUCAAUCAUGAAAGUGCGAUUUUCCCCAGGGACUAUUUGAUUCCGGCGCCUACAGCUGACUGGCAUGCAAUGAGGAAGAAGUUGGUUGAACCGCCGCAGCUGGCCAACUAUUUUAGGAUGGUGCUUCAGAUGCUUGGGACCCCGAAGUUUGAGGAUGGCCGGUGGCGUGUGAACGCCAACAUGGAGCUGGUUCCAGCUGAGCUGUCGCUUUUCUGGAAGGGGCAUAGCGCCAGGCAUUUCCUUCCACAAGCGUCGGCGGCUAUUGGAUGUGACAAGCAUGACAGGGAUUUUCUUGGCAGGUGGUCCAUAGGACGUGUUGGGUCCAAUGCAUACCUUUUGACAUCGCGCCAGAUCACUGAGAGAAUCCAACAACAGGUCAUGCAGUCUUUCUAUGGUGAGGGCGUCACCUACGACGAGAACGAGCUCUUGGACAAUCUGCGUGAAUUUGCUGAGAAGGCAGACUUGAGUGGGCAGCGGAUCAGGCGCAGGCACAAAAUGCUGCCGUUGUCCAGGGCAGAGGACCUGAUCAGACGUGGCGAUGAAGAAGAGUCAGAGGAUGAGAACAUCCAACAACAGGCUGAAGGUGAGCAUUUUGCUCCCGAUGUGUCUCAGAUUGGAAGUGCACACAAGUGCAUCCGCGUCACGGACACGCACAAAGACUGGGCGUGUGGGCACUGGCCUUGGCGUGAGUUCACCAAGGGUUUGAUUUUAAAGGCUUAUAUCUCAGAGCAUGUCAGCUCGGACCUGCAAUACAUUUGGCAAGAGGCUGAUGUGUCCCUCACCACUCAACACACUUUGGCCCAGCACUACAAGACCAUGAAGGUCUUCAGCUCUAUGUGUGAUACAAAGGCUGAAGUGCGCGAUGCAUUGCGCACUGACUUCCGUAUAGAUCCAGCAGCAAGUCCUGAGACCAGGGCUGACGUGGCCAAGGUGUUGACUGCGUGGGAGCUCUCACGCACAAUGACUUCAAAAGAACAGGAACUUCAAGCUGAAACGAAGGUUGAGGAGUGCGAAGCAAAUGAGCCUCAAGCGCUGGGGCUUGAUGAGAUCUCAUCCAGGGCUGACACAAGCUCUUCGGCCUUACAGACGUCUCUGGAUUCGUCAGGCCAUGUCAGGGUCACAAAGGUUAAGACAAAGGGCCGUCUUCCUGAGGACACAGAGUCCCUCCGUAAAGCUUUGAAGUUGGAAGCAGUCAGCUGGCUUUGCAUGUCAGCAAAGUUUCGAAACAAAACAUGGCUUCACGGUCUGGAGUUACAGCACUGGUCGAAAUACACAGAGUACUUGCUGGGUGAAAAGGUUUUGGGAUUGAAGUUCAACGUGGAAGGCCAAUCACAUGCAGUGAAGCCGCCUUGGGCUGUCAUUCUCAGCUAUGAGCAGAAGAUGCGGAAAGAGGUGUUCAAGCUUGUCCAGGCAGGCACACACACAGUUGCGGAAGGCCUGACUGCCGUCAUCAAAGACGCGGAGAUCAAGGAGGCGCAUUUCACAGCACCGAUUGCCCUUGGUGUUGGAUGGAACAAUCAGCGACCAUCAGUUCAGCCCAACAAAUGGCAGCGCACAGGCUUCAAAGGGAAAUCCAGUUUCAAAGGAGCACCAUCGAAAGGUGGCAAAGGCAAAGGUAAGUCUGGCAAGGGCUCCAGGGACUUCAAUGGCAAUAGUCUGGCGCAGAAUUUUACCCUGCAUGUCCGCGAAGUGGACAUUGAACGCUCUGAGUCUGAUGACCUCAGUCGUGAUCAGCUUUGGGAGGAGAUUUUUACAGAGAUCAGAGACGGCAAAUAUGAUGUGUUGAUUAUGUGCACCCACACGCGCCAUGUCCGGCGUCUUAUUGGCAAGGACUCUCAGGGGCGCUGGGUCACAGGACCCGCUGCCUCAUAUCCACCUGGCUUGUGCAAAUACUUGGCCAACCUCGUGGUCUCCGUCCUUCGGAAAGGGGGCACCCACGAGGUAACAAAAGUGGUUGAGAAUACAGCUUCAACUGCAGCUUCGAAGGUGGUUGACCCUCCAACCCACGAGGUAACAAAAGUGGCUGAGAAUGCAGCUUCAGCUGCAACUUCGAAGGUGGUUGACCCACCAACCAGUCUUGUGCGGCCCAUGGAAGUAGACAAGUGCGGAGGCGACCCAAAGCAUGUUGAUGAUGGUUUCAAACAGUUGGUGCAUGAGAAGCCGGCGGCACAGACCAGUGGGCAUACAAAGUUGACGGAGGUUCAACACACCUUUUCAGACUCCAACUGGGGUAGGCCUAUGAUGGUUGAAUGGUCUGGCGAAGAAAGGGAGAUCACUGACGGUUUUGGCUUGUGCUCACCUAACAGGUGGGCUCCUGAUUGCAGAGGAGUUGGGCAAAGCGCUCAAGCGCGUGACAUCAAUGACCGUGUCCAUGACUUGCUUAAGGGUUUUGUUCAUGAACAAUUGGGAGACCUCCGCAUGAUGGCGUUCAAGCUUGCUACAGGGAAGCUGGCCGAGUCACCGUUUUGCAAGGAGGCACUUGACAGGCUCAGAAAACGCUGGGCCGCACUUUUACCUGCUCCCAGUGGUGCGCUGCAGAAGGCAGAGGGCCAGCCUUUCCUGUUAGACCUCAUGGCUCAGACUUUGAAGAUCCAAGGCGACCCUGACUUUGAAAUAUUGGUGGCUUCAAAGGACUCCUUCGCGACGGGCGUCCCUGUAGGGUAUGAAGAGCCCAUACCCCCUGCUCCUGCAGUUUUCCGCGCCAGGACGAAACAGAGCAACCUGGAUGCUUCUGAGUACGUGGAAGAGGCACGUAACUAUAAGUCUGCAGUUGAAAAUCAAGAAGGCCUUGAGAACAAAUUUAGGGAGGACGAGGCUCAGGGCAUGAUGUAUCCCACCACCAUGGGGGUCUUGAGGGAACGCUAUCCUGGCAAACCUAUUCUUGUAGCUGCCAUGGGAGCCAUCAAGAAGCCGGACGGGAGUGUUAGGCCCAUACACGAUGGAACACACUUCGUCCAGGUUAACAAUGGGAUACAGUUUACAGACAAGCUGGACUAUCCUGGGCCGCCGGAUGUUGCUGGGGCUGUCCGAGCUGCAAGGGACACACAGGACUCCUUCUUCACUGUUUCGGCCGACAUAAAGGCGGCCCACAGGUUGGUCAAGAUCCGCGAGAGCGACUGGAGACUUUUGGUUUGCAAGGCCAAUUCAGAUUCAGAAGUUUGCUGGGUCAACAAAGUGGGUACUUUUGGGGUGUCCAGUGCGCCCUAUUGGUGGAGCAGAUUGUUUGGCCUGGCUGGGCGGCUUGUCGCAAGGGUCCUUUUGAAUAGAUGGGUCAUACAGCUCGUGUAUGUUGACGACCUCCAUGUUGUUUGCGUUGGUGAGGAGAAGUUUGAGACCCUGUGGAUGGCAAUAGCGGCAUAUGAGGCCUUAGGCACCCCUUUUGGUUACAAGAAAUUUUCAGGUGGCUUGGAUGUCCAGUUCGUUGGGUAUCGUGUUGACUAUAUGAACAUUUCAGUGGGCAUCAGCGAGGCACGUGGGCAGUGGUUGCUCGCCUUCUUGCGGGAGCUGAGAAGAGAUGGUUACACUGUCCAUGUCCAUCGAUUUGCAGAAUUUCUUGGUAGGCUUGGCUUCACGUGCCGGGUUUUGCUCUGGUUGAAGCCGCACUUGGCUCCCCUUUACUCAUGGGCUUCAGCGGUCAGCAAGAGCACAGUUGCUACAGCACCUAAGCUGGUCAGGCUUGUUUGCAUGUUCUUGGAAAAGCAGUUUGAGGAACAGAAGUUCAUGUUUUCUUGCUUGAAGCCACAGCGGCUGACAAAUGAAGUAUUCAGGACGGAUGCGAAGUGCGAAAACAACCUUGUGGUGUUAGCUGGUUAUCAUUUCCCUGAUGGCAAGUGGUUCUCUGUGCGUGUCACGCCCCGUGAUGCGCCUUACCUCUUCAAGGAGAAUGGGGAUAGUGAGUGGGCGUCGGCACCUGCAGAACUUCUUUCAGUUUUAGUUGCGCUUCAGCUCUUUGGCUACUUGGAGCCCAAGUCGGGAAGAACAUGCAUCCGGCUGUGGGUGCAGAGCGGAACUGACAACCGCUCUAUUGACUUCCUGUCCAGGAAGAAUUCGACUACACGCUGGCCCCUCACAUUAGUUAACAUGCAACUGUCGCACUGCUUGAUAAGGGCUGGUGUCAGAAUCAGCUUAGCUUGGAGGCCGAGGGAUCAGAACACUUUGGCAGAUGACCUGACGAAUUCCAGGUUUGGCGAUGUCGAUUUGGACAAGAGGAUUGAUGUCGCGCUUUCAGAUUUAGAUCUUUCCUUGCUUUUGGAACUGUGGGAAGCGAGGCAUGAAUUCUUGGACCGCGACUCUUGGGCGGUGUAUGGAAAAGGGAGAGACAAAUUUGAGAAAUCAGCUUGGGGUUGA